UGACUUGAAACCAGAGGCGAACAAGUCCAGGGUUUGGGGAACAAGUCCAGGAAGCUGCGUCAACCGAUAAGACAGAAAACAUAUGAAGCAUAAAAUAAGACAACGUUUAGCCUUUUUUCUCUCUUAGAAUUCAGUUAGGAAUUGGAAAUACAGCUUCGAUUUGGCGUCAGAACAUCUGCCUUUUUGGUUCCUACGAGGACUAUACUGUAUGGUGUGUGGCCGUACACACCCUAACUCCUGGACAUGGCAGGUCUCUGUGGUCUCAAGAUCCUGCUGCUCUGGGCUGGGAUCAUUGGUUUUGGCGAAUGUCAAAGUGCAACAGAUGUUUCAUCCAGCUCACCUCCACGCAUACCUUCAGUAAACAACGAAUCUGUCACCUCCUCACCUCCACACACCAUGACAUCAGGCACCCAAACAACCGACCUCAAACCUCCACUCACCUUGCCAACCCCUAACUCACUCCCCUCAAAUCAGACGUACAAUUCAACUACCACGUCUGCCACUACUCCUACUCCCACACCCAAAACCAGCAUCCAAGCAGUCUCUCAAAACCAGUCCUCACCUGCAGUCACCCUGCCCACCACCACAGUGCCUUCUACCACGCAAGCCUGUUCCUACACUGUAACACCCAUCAAGUUUGGCUUCCAGAUUGACAUUAAAAGCUCUACCCCUCGUAACUACACCAUAAACAUUAAUGAAGAAGGCCGACCAGACACUGGAAAACACAUCACCGUCCAUCAGUCCAGUCAAAGCUCAUCACAUGAAAUCAAACACCUGAAGCCCUGCACUGAAUAUGAGCAUUAUGUGACACAUCUUGAUGGUGCUGGUGAAAAACACUGUAGCCACACUGAAAAUAAAACUAAAACGACUGACAUAAGUAAAGAUGACAUUGAAGAUGUCAGCUGCAUCCCUGGACGUGUUUGUUACCGGAGUGAUUGGGACAUCAGCUCUUUACUAUCAACCACAAAUGCUGUGCGAUGUGACAAUAAAACAUUCUGUGUCAAACCUGGUUACAAUGACAUUUGUUCAGAUUUUACUACAAAGUUCACAUCAGAAAAGUGUCCGAACACUUCUUUUAGCCUCACCAAAAGCUUCAUCCCUGUUGAUUUCUUAAACGCAAGUGAAAUACAUCAGAAUGUUUCCACUAAACUUCCAGUGAAAAUAGAAACAAAAUUACCUCCAAACUGUAAAAAUCUCUCUGUUGAUUACACCUGCAGGGAGAGUGGCGGAGUCACUGAGCCUAAGCUGGGGUCGCAGCUGGAGCCGUUUACUAACUACAGCUGUAUUGGUCAGAUCAAGGACAACAAUGUCACCAUUAAAAACACAACUGCUGUUGACGUCAGGAUUGACUGUGAUUUUAACAUAAUCGCCACAAAGAACAGAGUAACCAAUACGUCUAUUGGCUUGAGUUGGAGCACAACCAGUGACAAGUGUCAAGAAGUCCUUCAUGAGCUUGAUAAGCUUUCAUACGACUGCAGCUGUGGUCCUACUCCCUCCCAUCAGACACACAGGAGUAAAGCUAAACCAUCAGGAGGAACAUGUCUUGUUUCUGGACUGGAACCAUUCACCACAUACACCUGUGGAGUCAAACCCAUCUACAACAACACAGAGAGAGAUGCUAAACAAACUCCAGUGACACAAGUGACUGAGGCUGGAAUACCAGACGAUAUUAAAGACCUGAGGACGUCACAGCCAGAGCAUAAUGUGAUUAUAGUAACCUGUAUUUAUUCAGGAAAAUUAAACGGUCCUGAAGGCAAACAGAGAUACAGAGCAGAACUUCAUCAUGGUGGUGUCAUUGUGAAGGAACUUAAAGAGAAAGAAUGCAAGUUUGAAUUCAGAGACCUGAGUUACUCUACGACCUACACAGUGAAGGUCAUUGCUUUCAACACAGAAUUGGAGAGCAGGCCCAAGACAAAGGAAGUUUCUACUUUCUAUAAUGACAAAGCUGUCAUCGGUUUUCUCGUGUUUCUCAUCAUCCUCACGUCUUUGGCUCUGCUCUUGGUCGUCUAUAAAAUCUACAUUUUGAGGCGCAGAAAGUCCCAUGACCUGAGUGAAAACAUGAUGCUUAUUUCAACAGCAAAUGAUGAGGAGAACCUGAUGCCCGUCGAGCCGAUCACAGCAGAGGUUCUGCUGGAGGCCUACAAGAGGAAGCUCGCUGAUGAGGGAAGACUUUUCCUGGCUGAGUUUCAGAGCAUCCCCAGAAUUUUCUCGAGGUUCACGGUGAAAGAGGCCAAAAAGCCAUGCAAUACCCCCAAGAACCGCUACGUGGACAUCUUGCCAUAUGAUUAUAACCGUGUCCAGCUGACCACAGGAAAUGGCGAGGCAGGAUGUGACUACAUCAACGCCAGCUUCAUUGAUGGGUACAAGGAAGCCAAAAAGUACAUUGCAGCUCAAGGGCCGAAGGAUGAGACUGUGGGUGACUUCUGGAGGAUGGUCUGGGAGCAGCAGUCGUCUAUCAUCGUCAUGGUAACACGCUGUGAAGAGGGAAACAGGGUCAAGUGUGCGCAGUACUGGCCGUCUCCAGACCGAGAGACAGAGAUCUUUGAUGAGUUUAUAGUGAAGCUGAACUCAGAGGACCACUGCCCGGAUUACACCAUCCGCCAUCUCAGCCUAAUUAAUAAGAGGGAGAAGAGCAUAGAGAGGGAGGUGACCCACAUCCAGUUCAUGAGCUGGCCAGACCACGGCGUCCCAGGGGAGCCGCACCUCCUCCUGAAACUGAGGCGGCGUGUCAAUGCUUUCAAGAAUUUCUUCAGUGGCCCCAUCGUCGUCCACUGCAGUGCUGGAGUGGGUAGGACAGGUACCUACAUUGGCAUUGAUGCCAUGAUGGAGGGUCUGGAGGCAGAGGGCAGAGUGGACAUCUACGGUUACGUAGUCAGACUCCGCAGACAGAGAUGUCUCAUGGUUCAAGUAGAGGCCCAGUACAUCCUGAUUCAUCAGGCUCUGGUGGAGCACAACCAGUUUGGAGAGACUGAGAUCGCUCUGUCUGAGCUCCACAGCACACUGAGCACACUCAAACAGGAAAACCAAGGCAGUGAACCCACGCUAAUGGAAGAUGAGUUUGAUCGACUCCCAUCUUUUAAAAACUGGAGGACAUCCAACACAGGGAUCACAGAGGAAAACAAGAAGAAGAAUCGCUCUUUAUCUGUCAUCCCAUAUGACUACAACCGAGUGUUGCUGAAGCUGGACGAAGGACGCAGUCAUGAUAGUGACCCUGAUGAGGAAGAUGAGGAAGAGUCAUCAGAUGAAGAGGACGAAGAAUCCACGAAAUACAUCAAUGCCUCCUACAUUCACGGCUACUGGGGCCCACGUGCCUUCAUCGCAGCUCAGACUCCACUGCCAGACUCCAUGGCUGACUUCUGGUUGAUGGUUUACCAGAAGAAAGCAUCCACUAUUGUCAUGCUCUCAGACUGCAAUGAGGGAGAUCAGGAGUCUGACUGUGUGUACUGGGGUAAAGACAAGAAGACAUUUGGGGACUUUGAGGUUGAGGUUGUGAGCACAGACACCACCCCAACUUUCAUUAGCCGUGACAUGCUAAUCCGUCACGUCAAGAGGAAAGACAGUCGCUCGGUGAAACAGUUCCAGUUCCUGAAGUGGGUGAAUAGAGAGCUGCCGGAGAAACCUCACGAACUCACAGACAUGGUGAAGGAAAUCAAGACGAGCAGCAAAUCACAGAUCACCGUGGUCCACUGCAACAAUGGCUCGUCCCGUACAGGGAUUUUCUGCGCUCUGUGGAACCUGCUGGACAGCGCUCAGACUGAGAAGCUGGUGGAUGUUUUCCAGGUGGUCAAAAUCUUACGCAAGGAGAGACAGAGCAUGCUCACCAGUCUGGAGCAGUACCAGUUCUUGUAUGACGCUCUGGAGGGGGUCUUCCCUGUCCAGAAUGGGGAAGUGAAAGCAGUACAGGCCUCUGCAGCUGACUCCGUUCAGAUUGUCAAUGAAACCAAAGCAGCAGAGCAGCCAGCUGAGGAGAAGGCUGAGCAGCUGGCCAGCACUACCAGCAACGAACAGCAGGGGGCGGCAGAGAUCAUCUCUCUGGUGGCCGAUGGAGGGAAGGAAGAUAAAAAAGAGGAGCCUGAGAAAGAGUCCGGCGCUCCCACAGAGACAACGCCACUGGAGGACACCAGCAACGGUCCCACAGUCCCCGUGGAGGUCUGAGAGAGGUGGCAGGUGCAUGGCUGUGCCUUUUAGGUUUGGGAAUAAGUGCUUCGGUUGAAUGCUUUCUUUUACUUUCUUUAAGAAUGUAUAAAAAUUGUAAAGCUUUAAUACAGUGUGUGGAUCUCGUUGAGACAUGCUAAAGAAUUUGAUCAAAUGUUUUAAUGUCAAUUUCCAAAAAUAUGAUUUAAUCUAAGUUAUAAAUAUUUUAGUAGGUCAUGUGUAGGGAUGCAAACAAUCAUCUCUAUGAGCAAAGUUUACUAGAAAUGCUGUCAUCAAACUUGAGGCCUUGGAUUUACUGUAUAUCAAGUGAUAUCUAAGAACUAAAUUUUAAAUAUACAGUACAUUAGGUAAGUUGUUGUUUUGUAUCUCACUAUCAGUGCAUGUUGAGUUUGAGUUGUUCAGUGUUGUUCCUGCUGAAUAAACAGAUGCUAUAUUAUCAUUUAAAUACAUUAUAUAUAUCUGGUAUAUCUGAAUAAUUUAGUUGUUAAGUUCAAAUAUUUGUGAUGUAAUACUGUUGUUUCAUUAAAAGAAGCUUACAAUAAGUCUUAUUUAUGCAGAGUACUUAGUUAUUAA